GAGGCUCAGUGGAGAGGAGACAACUAUGACUUCAUCAAGCUCCGGCUUUAAGACUAUGCCAGUGGUGUUCCUCUUGUUCGCUUCAUUCUUUCAACUGUACCAUGGCCGUUCGUGAGAAUGCAGUGUUGGUGAAGUGAAAUUAGACGAAGAAGCGGACGUGCUCUGUGAAAUAUACUGGGCUCGCUGGAAAAUUGCUAAACAAAGGGAAAUCGAGCAGCACCCAUCGCAUGUGUACGUCUGAGGGACCAGAGUGGCUGGAUAAACCGACACAAUCAAAUCGGCACGGCAAGAGCAUCAACCAAAUGGUUUGCACAUCUGCAGCAUAGUUGGACAAUACUACUAAUAAAGGAAGAUCGCCGACCGUAUUCACCGAAUGGUUGCCAGAUUUAGAUGUUAUUUAGUUUUGCAGAUUUUUAACGAGCCUGCUAUUUUGUUGGAGUGGAGUGUUUGAAUGGAAACGGAGUGGAACUGACCUCGCUUCUUCGUCGAGUGCUGUUGAAAUAUUUCCAGAAAUCUAACUAGGUAGCUAGCUGAGAAUUAUGUAGUUAGUUGUCUUGGGUAGGUUACAUCCCGUCAGUGUUGUGAGGUAGCCUGCUAGAAACCUAUAACGGCUUCUCUGUAUUGUGUGCCAAUUCAGACAAGGGGUGUUGCAGGUUGUUGUUGGAAUUUCAUUAACAAAAUGUUGCUGUUGGGGCAUGAAUGCCAGACAGUCUAAGGGUUCAACGUGCAGUUUGGAGACCGUGGAGGCACCGAGCGAACCGUGCAGGCUAUGAGAACGGGGACCACCGUCUGAUUGUUGUGAUUGCCUUUUGUAUGUUAGCUAGCUAGCUGGCUACCCAGACAUGCAUCUUGGGCCAGCUAGCUAGCUACCUUGCCAUAACACUUAUUUGCUACCUUGCCACUAAAGUCCCUAUAUUUAGUUAGCCAUAGUAGCCAAUUGAGUGAUACGUUUGGAAUACUUGGAUUUGUGAUCUUCCUGGAUUUGAAUUGGAUUAUUCUGUUGGGGUUGUCUAUUGGAAUCUGACGAUGGCAGCAGUAGUCAACUACUCGCCUCCCUGGUGGGUGAACCUGCUUCACCGUCUCCCUCACUUCAAUCUCCAGUUCGAAAAAACAAGCAGCGAUUUUCGCCCUGAAGAUCUGGAAUACCUACAGUCCAUCCUUCUGCUGGGAGGAGUAGCCCUGGCUUGCCUGGCCCUGGACCUCCUCUUCCUGCUCAUCUACUCCUUCUGGCUGUGUUGCCGCCGCAAGAAGGUCGAGGACCAGCCCAACGCGGACUGCUGCUGCACGGCCUGGUGCGUCAUCAUCGCCACUCUGGUCUGCAGCGCUGGCAUUGCGGUGGGUUUCUAUGGGAACGGGGAGACCUGUGACGGAGUGAACCGGCUCACGUACUCUCUUCGGCAUGCCAACCGCACCGUGGCUGGAGUGCAGAAACUGGUGUCGGACAGCAGCUCCUCGCUGAACCAGACCGUGGAGCAGAGCCUGCAGCAGCUGGAGGCGCAGUACUCCAAGCACACGGACUACGUGUCCAUCGUGCAGAAGCUCCAGGCCCAGCUGGAGGAGCUGGUACGGCAGAUGGGGGACAUCCCCUUCUGGGACAACCGCCACAUCUCCCUGGAGGAGCUGGCCGUCAAGAUCGAGCUCUACGAUUGGUACAGGUGGCUGGGAUACUUGGGUCUGCUGCUGUUCGAUGUCCUCAUCUGCCUGCUGGUGCUCUUCGGCCUCAUCCGCAACUCCAAAGGGACUCUGGUUGGCGUCUGUCUGCUGGGGGUGUUUGCUCUCAUCGUCAGCUGGGGAACCCUGGGCCUAGAGCUGGCUGUUUCUGCGAGCUCCAGUGACUUCUGCGUUGCCCCGGACAUGUACGUCACCAGAGUGACUGAGGAGAACGCCAUAGUCAAGAAAGACAUACUACAGUACUACCUGCAGUGCAACAUGGGCCAGACAAACCCCUUUCAGCAGAAGCUGUCAGGGAGUCACAAGGCCUUGGUGGAGAUGCAGGACGACGUGGCGGAACUCCUGCGCUCAGCGGUCCGAGAGUAUCCAAAGACCAAGGGGAACCUGGAGCAGAUCCAGGGGGUGCUGAACACCACGGAGAUCAGCCUGCACCAGCUCACGGCCCUGGUGGACUGCCGCAGCCUGCACAUGGACUACGUGCAGGCGGUGACGGGGCUCUGCUACGACGGCCUGGAGGGCCUCAUCUACCUGGUCCUGUUCUCCUUCGUCACGGCGCUGAUGUUCAGCUCCAUCGUGUGCAGCGUGCCUCACACCUGGCACAGCAAGAGGAACGAGGACGACGCCGAGGAGGAGUCUCUGGCGCACAGUAACCGCCAGCCCCACGACAACCUGUACCGCGUGCACAUGCCCAGUCUGUACAGCUGCGGGAGCAGCUACGGCAGCGAGACCAGCAUCCCCGCCGCCGCACACACCGUCAGCAACGCCCCCGUCACCGAGUACAUGACCCAGAACGCCAACUUCCAGAACCCCCGGUGCGAGAACACGCCACUGAUUGGACGAGAGUCACCCCCGCCCUCCUACACCUCCAGCAUGAGGGCGAAGUACCUGGCGACCAACCGGCCCGACCCCAACAGCCCAGUCACUCAUUAACGGAGACGCGCUCACACCUACACCGAGGCCCCGGCCCGGAAGUCUCCAGCUUCCGGAACCUUCCUCACCACCGCCACCCCCUCACCGACACCACUAUCACCACCGCCACGCACCACCGUCCUCCCCCGCACCCCUCAAGCGGAACAGCUCUCCGCUCCUGUUCCCGCCAACGGCACCACUGACUAACCAGCGAGGCAUCCUCCGCGUGUUGGAUGCAGGCCCAAAAAGAUGAAUGUUCUCGUGUCUUGUAAAUAGCGCUCUGUAAAUGAAGAUUGAGGAAGCCAGUUUUCUCCUACACUCUGUCACCACACGCACGCGCAUAUACACACACGUACGCAAAAAAAGGGGCAGAGUGUUUUCCCCUUUUGUGAAGCUGGAUCUUUCUGAGCUUGUGUGAACUCAAACAGUGUAUUUACCAAACACCCCCCCCCCCCACUCACACACACACACACACACACACACACCCUUGCUGGUUUCCUUCACCUCCACCUCCACCGGCUUUUCUUCCUGAUCAUUCCACAAAACCCAGUUUUUGGAUUUAUUUUACUUUAUUUUGUUUUGUAUGAGUGUUCGAAACAAGAAAAUGGACCUUUGCGUAACUACUGAGAGGCCCUGCAGUGGACUUGGAGCUGGAAGGAUGCUGUGAUGGAGGUCGUCGUCCCGAAUGAGUUGUUCUCAGCCACAGUUUGGCAUUCAGAACCGUCGGUGCCGAAGGGCCAAAUUCUGUUUCCCUCGACAACAGACUUCACCCUUUCGCUCGCGGCCGUUUAAAUAUGCAAAUACGCCUUGAACCAUCUGCUUCUGGAAUGCUACGGCAGGGGUGUAGCUAGGAAUUCUGCCCCCCCCCCUGAAAGAAUAUUGCUCUAGUCCCCCAAACCUACUGGAAGUUUUCUGGGCCCCCUCCAGCUGUGCCCCCCCUCCCCCAAACUGUAGGUCCCUAGAAUCGUCACCGCCUUUCACCCCACUAUCGACGGGCCUGGCCUCAUGGUUUCUGCCGGCUGGUGCAACUCUCAGCGCCGACGAAAAAUCAGGGACAUUAGCCAUUUAGACAAACUGUCGAGACGCAGCCGAGUGGAAACUCCUUACCGUUAUUCAGAGAGCUCCGGAGCGAUUCGGAACUCACGCUUUCGCUGAACAGUGACACUCCCGAAUCCAGAUAGGACUCUGGAGGAUAUACAAUUCUGUCUAUGUAGUUGAAAGCAAAUGGGCAGUUGAAGUUGGGACCAGAACGGAUCUGUCUCCGGUGAAGAGAAGGAAAACUUUUUACUUACGGAAAACCAACUGUCCCAGCUUUCUGAGUGGGGAAGGGUACUACAUGAAUCUAGAAUGCUGUUAAUCUGGAAGGGGAGGGGGGGUACUCAGGAUUGCUCAUCUUGCCAUUAUUCCCAUUGUGCAGGGGGGACUUUGACUGUCUGAUUGGCUCAAAUGUACUGCUGAAGGACUGCACACAGACCGUUGAAGUCACUACAGCAAGGUUUUAGAUUCCAUACAUAGCACACACAGUACAGAUUUGAGUUACCUCUCGCGUGUGGAAUACGUAAUAAGGUAAUCCCUUUGUGGAAGGUUACAGUCUGAUGUCAAGUAGGCGUAAGGUAUAAGCACGCUUAAUAGUAUGGUUGGACGCACAACAUGAUAACUCAAGAAAACAUUCUUUUGUCUUAAACAGGAUUUCAGCUGAAUUUCAGGGCUGUAGCCUCGAUGUGUUUUCGCCCCGCUUGUAGUUUGUCUGACAUAUCAAUAGACGACGAUGACAUUUCCAGAUGACUGUGCCAUGUCUUGUCUUGACAUCAGCAGGGUAACUGACCAAUAUACUGGAGCCAGUGUUUUUUUUUGUUUUGUUUUUGUUUUGGUUUGUUUUUUGUUUGCAGGUGGCAGACAUCUUACUAUCGAAGGGAACUUGCACUUGGAAUUUCACUUUUGGUUUUGUCUCGAACGGUGGAUGCUCAAGCUCACCCCUGUUGUGAACUGGACCCAAAAUCGGUCGAUCGGGAUUCCGGCCGACAUUUUGGGGCUGGACCCAGGAGACGGCGACCUGCGGUGAAGGCGAAGAGGACCAAAAGGAAUUCUCGACUUUUUGCCCGAUUUCCCUCCGAGCAAAAAAAUUUAACGUCAAUCGUUUCUUUUUUUUCCCGAGUGAAUUUAGAGUAAAUUGACCGAGUUGGUGCUUUCGUGGUGACGUGACAGACUAACCACAGUGGAUUAUAUUUUUCUUCUUCCUGUUGUGAACUGGAAGAUUUGGAAGGACUCUCGCAAAUAUGAAAAAAAUAAGAAUGCUGGUUUUUAUUCAUUACACUGCUCUCAGAGACUCUCUUCUCCUUCUUGGAAAGCACAAACAUUUUAGCCUCUUAAAACAGCUCUGGAGUUCUGGAGAAAAAAAAACGAGAAAGGCGCGAAGGCGGGCUUCGUGCUAAGACUCAUCAGACUGUAAGAUAAUCUUGCUGUGCAUUUCUCUAUUUCCCAGAUUUCUAGUGUUAGUAUUGGUAUUCAUGUGCGUAACGUGGACCGUGUGUUUGCUUGCCGUUUCCCCGUACAACCAUCACGAGGACUUCGCCCCACCACCUCCCCGGAAACCCCCUCCUCACACAUGCCCCGCCCCACCCAACGCACCGGUUUGCCCCGCCCCAGAGUCACUGUUAUGCGGCAGUUUCUCAUAAUUUCUCUGAUUAGACGACAGCAGCGGGUAGCAGCACUGACAGAAUCGCCGUGGUUCCAGAGAAUAUUCUGGAACAUUUCGUGAGCAACACCCGGCAACGAGGCCGACCGUCAGUCGCCUAUUCAUGACGACAUUUCACGAUGAAUAAACUGAAGGCCUCACUUUUAAAGAGCAAAAAACCCGACUGACCCUGAAAAGGGAGUGGUGCUCUUUGAAUUAUUUUCUCGAGACCUUGAUAUUGAGGGUGCCAUUGUGAAUGGCAGGUUGUCCUCAGAAACCAGGCAACCCUUGAAAUGUAGCGAAGUCAAGAUUAAACUUUGGUAUAACCAGGGUGACGAGGUCUGAGGGCUAGCACGUUUCAAUACCUCCUCAUUAAGGGGCUUUUAAUUAGUCAACAAUAUGUGGGAGGUUUGUAAAAAGUUGUGCCAAUUGUCAAAAACUUUCCAUUUCUAGCCCACACCCAUGAAUUAAACGGUAAAUGUUGUUGAUUAUCUUUCCACACUGGCCUUUUCUAUACUUACAUUUCCGGGAGACAUAAAUAACCAAAAGAGACGCCUGAGGAAAUGUAGCCAGUCUUUUCUAAAAAUAAAUGCAUUUCAUUUUCAUUUUCUGUGUGAGAGCCCAUUGUCACAGUGAUACAAUCUUAUUGUUUUGAAUAGUAAACUUUCUCUUUAUUCAGCAUUUCUGGAACUAUGUAUCUACACUGUAAUGCACGAAAAAAAGAAGAAAUCUGGUGAAAAGCAAACUGCCUUUGUAAACACGUUUAAACAGGUAAAUCUCAUACAAUUUUUUAUUUUCCUUUGAAAAAUUGUCUAGUCCCCAUAGUAUAUUUUAUGAUUAUUAGCAGCACAGUUUGUUUCUUAAUUGUCAAUACAUACACUUGGUCUUGCAUUGCUCUGUUUUGAUAAACUAUAUGACUGUAGUUUUUUUAAUUUUAUUUUGAAAUUACUAAAAUAUUGUAAAUGUUAAACCUGUGGUUUUAUUGAGCUUGAAUUCGGUGUUUUAAAUUCAAAUUAAAGUUACUUAACAGAAAA